UCCCCCUCUCCCUGCUUGACUUGGAGAGACCGUUAUUAGCUCUUCUCCCCCCACCCUCCGCGCGCGACAGACCGGACGAGGACAAUAGAUUGAGCCAUCCAAAAUACGAUCUCCUCCGUCCGGCUUGGAUGCAAAGCAAAGCCAGCCAUGGAUAGGUACAAGCCAGGCGGCUUUAAGCUUCACUCUUUCCAAGUCAUCGGGUCAUGCAAUCCAACAGCCGGCCAGGCGCGACACGCAGGAUGCAGAGGGCAGGAGAGAAAAAGAAACCUGCAGGCUUUAUCGUUGCCUGGGCCCGCGAGGAAUCCCAACCAACCAACAAAGAUGAUACUAGCCCAAAUACUAUUGCUUGCGAUGGAAAUAAGGAUCAUGUCAGUUUGCAAGCCCGCAGGAUGCAGCAGUCAUCUGGUCCCAGGGUGCUUGGUGGUUGGGUUGGGUCCGAUGUGGAUGUGGAUGUAUCCACUGUAUGUUGUAGUAGUGUAAGGUACCUGUACCGCGGAUACCUGUAUUAUGUUGUUACCGCAGCGCGGGAGACCACAGAAAGAUUAUUAUUUAGGUAAGGUGGAUAGCAGUAGAUAUCUAGUAGUGCUUGGUGCCAGGUAGUAUCUAGUAGGAGGGAGG